AUGGGUUCCAUUGGCUUUGCGGAGCCCACCCUUCUCGAACUUGUUCCAACUCUCGUUGGCGAGUCCAAUUUCUCUCUAUGGACGACUUCCCUCAAAUGGACCCUAGACUCGCGCGACGUUCGGUAUUACGAACUUCUCACUGGCGUGUGGAGUGAGCCCAAUGCAGUCGACCCGACGCAGCCUACUGCCGACGAAAUCGAGGCUCAUUCCCAAUGGGAUACCGCCAGUCGAUACCUCCUUCCGUUGCUCAACGCCACUAUUCAUCAAACGGCCAAAUUCUACAUCCUCGACGCUAAUAACGCACGUACUGCAUACGCUAGCCUCCAGCGCGCCUUCGCAGUCCGGUCUUACGAAGCUGGCUUCACCAAUUUCCUCAAGUUUAUCAACACCACGUACACUUCCAACAGACCUCAGGAGUUUGUCAACGAGUGGCGCACUGCGCUGGGCGAACUCCAAGAAAGUAACUCAACAAAGCUCACGCCUCUUCUCAUCUUUUAUCAUUUCCUAAAUGCCGUCAGCGUCAACCAAGCCGCUCGCCCGUGGCUCGACAGUUUCCUCCAUUCAAAAGUCUCCACCGAUACAACUAUCGAGGCAACGUUCGCAGACUUCGUUGUUUCUGAGGAUCGUCGGCUCAACACUCUCAGCCAAGCUAACUCUCCGAGCCAAGCUCACUCUUUUAACUUGGCCGAUUUUACAAGCCCUCUUCCGUUCUUUUGCAAAUUUCAUAAACGCCAUGCCAAUCAUUCUUCUGACCAAUGCUUCAAAAACCCCGCAAACCACGGCAAACCCCCUUUCAAUAAACUGGCUACGAAUCCCGCUCAAAGUACACUCACCAAAGACCAGCCUCUCAAAUAG